AUGGCCGAACUCUCCUCUCCGCGCAUCACAGCUCCGUAUUUGGACAGCUUUGUUGGCCGGCUUGUCACCAUUGUAGGCAAGGUCACACAGCUUCGUGGUGACCAAGCCACCAUCGAUUCUGAUGGAAUCGUAACCGUGGUGCUCAAUCGGGAUGCCCACCUAACCAACGGCAACGCCGUUCAACUCAUUGGGAAAGUGAAUCCCGACUUGUCUAUCAAAGUGCUCAGCUCUCUAGAUGCUGGCACCGACAUUGACUUUGGGCUGUACAAUGCAGUGGUUCAAGCUACACAUCGGCACAAGGCAAUAUUUAUUUCUGAGAACUAA